CAAGGUCACGGCGUUUCACCUGGACUGCCAGCAACAUCUGGCCCAGUGGGAGGCCAGGGGGAAGGAGCCCACCAUGACGGAGGUCCAGCAGGACACCAAAGACGCCCUCCGGCGAAUGUCCGAGGACUUUUCAGAGGAGAAGUUCCAGCAGAUGAAGCUCCAAGCGUCCAGCCUGCACAGCGAGAAGGGCCUCUUGAUCUGGAGUGACGCCUUGGAAAGGAGCCAAGAAGCCAAGCAGAUUCUGGAGGGGCUCCUGAUCAGCUUCAAGGAGGAGGCCAAGGGGGUCCCCGCGGGAGACUGUGGGGAGGAGCAAGGCCCUUCUGCUCCUAACUCAUCUUCGGCAAUCCCAGCUGACGUCCUCAGUGUUGAUGAGGCCUUGGAGACCACCAAGGAUCAGGAGCCAUUCUCUAAAGAAACCGUGGACAGGAUUGAUGGGGUUCAGCCUUCCUCUCAAAAGGAGUCCUUGCGCAUCAGCUCAGACAGGGAUGUAAGAGGGAACCAGGAAGCUUCUCCAGGGACAAUCUUGGGAUUUGGUGGGCUUGACCACCAGCAUCAGGGCGAGGAGCCCUCUGGAAGACCUCAGAGGACCUCCUGGCGUUCUUCUCCAUUGUGUCCCUCUUCCUCCUCUUCUCCCAAAGCAGAGCCAAAGCCAGGAACUGGGGAGACUCUGCCCCCCACCGGCCACUCCUGUGCCCCUCUGCCGGUGAGAGGUCCGCCGCGCCCCCAGAAGCGAGAGAGAGCCCAAUACUUCCAACUCUCCAGGCACGGGAGCUUUUCUUCAGAAGACGCCGAUUCUCUGAACUCCUCCGAAGAUGCCGCGGACUCCAGCAGCACGUGGUCGGUGGAGUUGCAGGGCCUCCGAGGAGGGGGGGCCCAGGAGAAGGGCCUGGGGAUCCUCUACUUGGAGAACCACAGUCCAAGCAGCAACUCAGGUCCGGUCAAACCAGAGACUUGAGGGGGCUGGACUUCUGGGUUAUCUCUAGGUGGUCUUCCGGCCAACCGAUCUGGUGCUGAAAACAUUCCUGGUCCUUUGGGUGCUCCAGUGUCCCAGCUGGGUUUUCUCCCGAAGCCCAAUUCUGUUCCUUCACUCUGACAGGACGAGGCACUAGUCUGUAUGAAGAGAGCAAACCUCACUCCCAUCUAGCACUGAUGAUGGUACCUUGUCAGGUGAUGAAAUGUCUGCAAAGAAAACAAGCCAGCUCAGAGAGGAUCAAGGGCCUCACAGUCGUUGUCGUCCUUCUCCACCACCCUUCCUUCCUUCCUUCCUUCCUUCCUUCCUUCCUUCCCUCCUCCCCCCUCUGCAAACCUAACUCCUUUCUAGUCCUGAUGAUGUUCCUUAGUUGGGUCAUGAAACAUCAGCAAAGAAACAGCCACGCUCAGAGAGCACCAAGGACCCCACAAUCAUCAUCAUCAUCAUCAUCAUCAUCAUCAUCAUCAUCAUCCUCCUCCUCCUCCUCCUCCUUCUACCUGGCCCAUUGACAUGACUACUAUUACUACUUCUCCUGUCUCUGUCUUCCUCCCUUCUCCUUCCUCCAUCUUCCUCCCUUCUCCUUCCUCCAUCUUCCUCCCUU